GCAAAAGAUGUCUCAUUAUCUUGACAAAUCCAAUAUUUGAGGAUUAUGAAAUAUAUCGCAAGAGCUAGCCCAGACUCAAAAGACUUGAACUACAAAUAAAUACCUUUGUGAAAGAAUAACGAGUAGAAUAAAACCUAUAAAGAAUAUACUGCCAAAGAUUCAACUAAGUAUGUUUGCUUUGGUAUGCCUUGUAUUGCUCUGAAAUAUAUCAAUCGUAGCUGCUCAAGAGGGACAGAGAGAUAACCAAGGUAUAAAAGUCUUUGAAGAAGAUUUUGAAAUGGUAAAGGGAGAAAGCUUACAAGCCGAGAUAAAGAUUAGAGAUAUCUAUGCAAAACUUCCUACUCUUGAUACAUCUAGGCACUUGAUUGCAAUUGAUGUUCAGAGUACUGUUACCUCAGAAGCAAGAGAGAGUCUGCAUCAUUUAGUUGAUGUAUCUACUUACAUUACAAAUUCCAAUCUUGAUGAAGAAAUUGAUAUCAAAGACUCCAUCUAUAGAACUGAGGAAGAUGAUUAUGUUCUUCAUUAUAUUUCAUAUGAUUUAUGUAACCUGAAGAAUGAUUCUGCAAUCAUUGUCGAUAUUAAAGCAAUAGGGGGGAAAUUUGAAGGGUUUAUUAGAGCUGAAAUAAAGGAGCUUUCUCCUUUAUCCAUCGAAUGCAUUUCAGAGGAAUCUGAACUCUUCACGCCUAGAGAGUUCCAUGGAGCAUGUGAGACCUGGGACGGCUCAAUCUGGGUCUUUGGAGGAGAGACCACAGUGGGAACUGAGAGAGAAAUUCUGGGAGAUAUCAUGAGAUAUGACUCAAAAGCUAGGAUUUGGAAAUCUGUAAAACCAAAUGGAGGGUAUAGACCUCAAGCAAGAUUUGGACAUGCUCAAAUUUGUUACUUCAACUUCUUCAUCAUUUUUGGUGGGCAAACAGAUGAUGGAAGGAUUAAUGGAGACCUUUGGAUCUUUGAUAUAAUCAAAGAGCGCUGGCACUUCAUCAUGAACACAGACGAUACCCAUGAAAUCGGAAGGAAAGGUGUUCAAGGAAUAGUUCCCUCAGCAAGAAUGUUUGCAUCAGCAGUUCUCCACUCAGACAUGGGAGCAGGAUUUAUCUCUGGAGGUACAAUGAGUACAGGCGUAGCCUGUGAUCUUUGGUCACUCGACCUUGAUGGAAUCAUCUCUUUUAUCGAAGAUGAUCAACGGAGACUCUACAACUUCUGGCUUAAGUAUGAUUUCAACUCUUACGAUGAAGAAUAUUUUUGCAGAACAGGCCAUUCUGUAGAUAUAUUAGAUCCAAAUACCUUCUUAAUCUUUGGAGGAUUUGAUGAGCAAAAGAAAUAUGUAAGCGAAAGUAUUAGCUAUGAUAUCAGAACUAGAAAACCAGUUGUUCUCCAUAACACCGGAACUGACGCUCCCUCUCCAAGAAGAAGCCCAGGAACUUUAUCAGCAGGAAAUGGAAUGGUUAUUCUUUAUGGGGGAGCAGACAUUAAUGGUCAAGGAUACUUCACUGAUUUGUGGCAUAUCAUAGUGAAAUCCAAUCAGAUUACCUUUAGAAAGAUUGGGUCUCAAGGUGAUAGUCAAGUAUAUCUAAUCUGGAGAUACGGGUUUACCAUGCACUAUGUGAGAAACAUCCAAGAUCCUAUUCUUAUUGGAGGAACUUAUGGAAAUAAUCAGCAAUCUAAUUCUAUUUUACGCAUUCCUGAGACUAAAUGCUCUUCUACUCAAGACUUUAUAUCAGGGACUUGAGCACCAUGCCCAAGAGGCAGUAUAUAUGAUAGAGGCACAUGUAAAUGGUGUGAACGUAACCAAUAUUACCAAGAUGAUAGAUCUGAUUACUUUGAAUCUUUCUGCUUUGAUUGCCCAAGUGGAUUAGUUGGAGGUAACUACAGAGCUUGCGUUCCAUGAGAAGGAGGCUUCAUAUAUGAUGAUACUCAUCAAUCUUUCUGUAGACAAUGUGAUGAAGACAAGAUUUGUCCAAUAGGGACUAAAUAUGAAUUCCCUCUUGAAGAAUUUAGGGAGAGCUUUGACGAAGUCAAAAUUGAAACACUUCCUGAUUUCUUUAAUCCUCAUGAUAUAAAGGGAGAUAACACAGCAACAUUGGUGAUUUUCCUCUCUAUCGGUGCUACAUUAGGAUUGGUGAUAUGAAUGGCUAUCACCUUCUCUGUCUGUAAAGAAAAAUCGCUAUUUGUCUUCAGAGAGCUUGAUAUUAGGUUCAUUACUGGAGGAAAAGUAAGGCAAGUUCUUGGAGGAGUAAUCGUUAUUUUCUUCAUUCUGAUAUCACUAAUCAUUUCAGGAGGCUUUUUCAUGAGUUAUUCUUUGCAUAAUUCUCAGGUGACCACAUCUGAAACUAAGAAUCCUUUCAUGAACAGAGAUAUGACUACAACUUACUUGUUCAAUGUCACACUUUACACAAGUAGAUUUGUUGACCCAUUAGAUUUCCCUGAGGAGACUAUAGGCAGCACUAGAAGAAUGAAGCAACUUCCCCUUUUGGAUUUAUGAGAAAAAGGCAAAAUAAAGCAUUCUACAGAUAGGUAUUUCUCAAUGAUCCCUGGGAAACACACAAAGUUCAACUGCAAUAGGAAGCUGCUCUCCAACGGGACUGAAGAGUACAACUUCAGUCUCUUAGUAAAGCACAUUGAAGACGCAGCUGCAGAAUUUGCUUAUGCAAGGUUCAACAUAGAAACAGACUAUUCACAAGUAUUCCAUUUCAUAAAAUGGGAGUACUGGAAUAUCUGGGACUUUUAUGAGCGGAUUCCUACUGCUUACUCUAAGGUUAGUGGAAUUCUGACUCCAGACAGGAUCACUAAGAUAAAUCAUAAUGUCACAUCUGCAUUUAGAGGUCCUGAAUCUACUAAAUUAUUCUUUGAAUUGGUGCCUACUUAUUACAGCAGUGAGAUUGAUGGCCAGAAUUAUGAAGGAUAUCAGAUCUAUGUUGAUGAAUACAGAAGAGGAUCAACAGUCAAUAAGAGAAAUAUGGGUAACAGAGUUCUUCCUUCAGGAGAAAAUAGUGGAGGCCUUGAGAUUGAAAUGGUUUCCUCAGUAGGAGACAAGAAGCAAGUCGUUCAAGUUCACAGGAUUAGAAGUAUCAUCGAGAUAGUAGCUUAUAUAUUUGGGUUCCUAGCAGGCCUAGUCAUUGUAGCACAUGCUUUAAAGUAUUUCUUGUCAAAAGAGGAGUAUUUUAAGAGCAUUGAAAGAGAGUGAAACACUCUCUUUGGUGCACUUGAAGGUAGCACUCUUGAAAAGACACCUUAUUCCAGAGCUGAGAUGAACUCCAACAUUGAGAUGAGAGAUUUUGAAGCAAGAGAUUCUAGAACAGAAUCUGAGAUCGUCUCAAGGCCUUCAGAGUCUAGGCAUAGAGAUGUUGAGGAUAAUGAUGUUGAAAACACUAAAGUGUAAAGAGUAUUAAUUCAAUCGAGAAAA